GGGAUCUUGCCGCGGAAUGGCUCUGCAACGUCUACAGCAGACGCUAGCUCACCUCAGUCGAACAAACCCUCUUUCAUUACUGCAAGGUCCUAACGAACCAGCGCUCUUACACUGGACCUUGGGGACCAUUCUAGACAUUCAAACAGAGAAGUUCGCAUCAAAGACUGCCGUGGUAUCCUGUGCCCAAAAUAUUCGUCACAGCUUCUCUUCACUGCGAGAACGAACUCGACAGCUCGCACGUGGGCUACUCGCCCUGGGAGCUCGCCACGGUGAUUGUAUCGGGGUGGUCGCAUGGAAUUGUGCAGAGUAUGUGGAGCUCUUCUUUGCGUGUGGACGCAUCGGCGUCAUUCUUGUUGUCCUCAACACGACAUACACUCCGGAGGAGCUGAGACGAGCGAUUAUUGCUGGCGAGUGCAAGUUCUUGUUGGCGGCGACGACCAUUGGCUCGCGAGAUAAUGGUCCAUCUAUAGACGCACUUCUUGACGCCUCUGGUGCUAUCGAUGUGCCCGGCCUCGAACAGAUCUUACUGUUGAUGAAAGAUAACUCUAAACAUCACCAUCUAUCCUCCUUGCAGGAUGUGCUAUCUCGCGAACAUGAAGUCACCUUGCAGGCUCUGCGGGAAGCUGAACUUGCCGUCAAUCCGCAUGAUGUCUGCAACCUACAGUUCACGAGUGGGACGACAGGGAACCCAAAGGCAGCAAUGUUGACGCAUUAUAAUAUUAUUAACAACGCUCGAUUCAUCGGCGAGCGGAUGGGGAUCACAGACAAGGAUAUCCUUUGCUGCCCUCCACCGUUGUUCCAUUGUUUCGGCCUAGUGCUCGGGUUGUUGGCCAUGGUCACUCUCGGCGGAACAAUCGUGUUCCCCAAUUAUACUUUCGAUGCCGAUUCUGUGCUACGCGCAGUAUCUGAGGAGAAAUGCACUGCGAUCCACGGCGUGCCAGCUAUGUGGGCGGCAGAACUUCAGUUACUUGGCCCGCAACAUGAUGUUUCGACGCUGUGGACGGGCAUUGCCGCCGGAUCGGCAACGCCCAGGCAGAUGAUGGAGGAUUUGGGCAAGAGGAUGAAUCUCAAGCACUUGACCAAUACAUACGGCAUGACGGAAACCUCACCAGCAAGUUUCAUGACAUCGAGCCGAGACUCACUCGAGCAACGACUGGCUACGGUAGGGAAGAUCUUGCCACACACAUCUGCGAAGAUAAUCGACAGAGAUGGGAAGAUUGUGCCCCUAGGUUGUAAGGGGGAACUUUGUGUUUCUGGGUAUCUGCUGCAAAAAGGCUAUUGGAAAAACCCUGAAAAAACAAAUGAAGUAAUGGUACAGGAUGACGCAGGCGUAUUAUGGAUGCAUACCGGCGACGAAGCAUCUUUUGACCAGGAUGGAUACUGCAAAAUUACCGGCCGCAUCAAAGACGUGAUCAUUCGCGGAGGCGAGAACAUCUUUCCUCUCGAGAUCGAGGAGCGGCUUAUGGAACACCCCAUGAUUGUCAAUGCAAGCGUUGUCGGCCUGAAAGAUACCAAGUAUGGGGAGGUAGUGGCAGCAUUUCUGCAGACUGCAGACGGUAAGCGGCCGGGGGAGGAAGAGCUACGUGAAUGGGUGCGUCAGAAGUUGGCAAGGCACAAGGCGCCGAAACACAUAUUUUGGAUUGGAGAUGCCAAAGUCAGCGACACAUAUCCCCUGACCGGCAGUGGAAAAAUAAAGAAAAAUGUCCUCAGGGAUCUUGGGGACUCUCUGCUGCAAGAGAUGCUACAGUCCUAG